AUGUAUACUCUUAUUCGAGGAUUUUGCCGUCAAAUUGUUAAGAAAGACGAGUACUCCGUGUUGAUUUUGGGCCUUGAUCAAGCGGGAAAAACGACCUACCUUGAACAGGCAAAGACGAAAUUCAACGAGAAUUACAAGUCGAUACCGCUUCAUAAAAUUACCUCCACCAUCGCACUUGAAGGUAUAAUAAUGAAAUUUUGGGACCUUGGAGGUCAGACUGAACUUCAGUCAUUAUGGGACAAAUACUACAUAGAGUCUCACGGUGUCAUUUUUAUUAUCGAUUCUUCAGAUCCCGGCCGAUUUGACGAAUCAAAGGGAGCCUUUGAUAAAAUGAUCCAAAAUCAUGCACUUGAAGGAGUUCCUCUUUUAAUCAUCGCCAACAAGCAAGACCUCGACUUUGCCUUUCCAGUAUCAGAGAUCAGGCAGGUCUUCCAGGACAGUGCACAUCUUAUCGGAUCUAGAGACUGUUCAAUGCGUGGCGCAUCCGCUCUGAAAGGUGAUGGUGUAAUCGAUGCGAUCCGAUGGAUGGCGGAAAAAAUCAAGAAGAACUCCAUCCAGAGACCUCCAAAUGUUGAAUAA